CUGUCAUUUAUUUUAGGUUAGGUUAAUUUUGUAUUUUGGAAAUGUGUAUGGUAUUUUUUUACUAAAGAUUUGAUUUCUUUGAUUUACAAUGACAUCAAAUUCAUAUACCGAUAUAAUUCGUACCAUAAAAGAUGACGAAGAUGUCGAAGAUUUUUCCGAAAACUCGGACGUUGAAGUAGAAUUCCAGCCUUCCAAGCAAAGUAAUAAAGAGAAAAAGGAUUUCGAUACUGCCUUUAAAUUUGUGUCAUCAGUGAACGAAUACAACACUGAUUCUUGGAACGAUUUAAAGAAAUAUAUCAAAAGGAAAGCAAAGUCAAAGACAGACGAUAAAAUUAAGAAGAUCCUUAAUACAGAAAUAAAUGAAGAAGAUAUAAAAGAUGAAGAUGAAGACAAAUCAGAUUCCGAAGUAUCUAUAUCAGAUGACGAAUUGAAACACGACAAAAUAAAAGAGAAAAAGGACAAGAAGAAAAAGAAAAAACACCCUUUGCAAGAGGAUUUCUUUGAUGAUAGCAUUAAUGUAAACACCGACCACUCCAGUUUUUAUGAAAUGAACUUGUCAAGACCUUUAUUAAAGGCUAUCACUGACAUGAAGUUUGUUCAUCCCACACCUAUACAAGCCUCCACUAUCCCUAUAGCUUUACUAGGCCGUGAUGUUUGUGGUUGUGCUGCUACAGGUACCGGUAAAACAGCCGCUUACAUGUUACCAACUUUAGAAAGAUUACUAUACAGACCUUCAGGAGGCACUUCAGUAACCAGAGUAUUAGUUUUGGUGCCCACACGUGAAUUAGGUGUCCAAGUGUAUCAAGUAUCUAAACAAAUCUGUCAGUAUACCGAUAUACAGAUAGGUCUAGCCGUAGGCGGGUUGGAUCUAAAAACUCAAGAGAAUGUUUUGAGAAAGAACCCUGACAUAGUGAUUGCUACACCAGGACGGCUUAUCGAUCAUUUAAAAAGUACUCCAACAUUUGGUUUGGAGUCAAUCGAAGUUUUGAUUUUAGAUGAGGCCGACAGAAUGUUGGAUGAAUAUUUUGCUGAGCAAAUGAAAGAGAUCAUUAAGCAGUGUUCCAGAACGAGACAGACUAUGUUAUUUUCCGCUACAAUGACUGAUGAAGUGGAAGAUUUAGCUGCUAUGUCUUUAGUUAAACCUGUUCGUUUAUUUGUGGAUAGUAACAAAGAUGUGGCAUUUAAUUUAAGGCAAGAAUUUAUAAGAAUUAGAGCUGGUAAAGAAGGGGACAGAGAACCAAUCCUAGCUGCUUUGGUAUGUAGAACUUUCCGGGAGAGCUGUAUGAUUUUUGUUCAGACAAAGAAACAAGCGCACCGUAUCCAUAUUUUGCUUGGUCUACUUGGAUUGAAGGUUGCAGAACUUCAUGGGAAUCUUACCCAACCGCAGAGACUGGAUGCCCUUGAAAAAUUCAAAAAUAAAUCAGUUGAUAUUCUUGUAGCUACAGAUGUUGCUGCUAGAGGAUUAGAUAUAUCGGGAGUUCAAACUGUCAUUAAUUUUGUAAUGCCUGCGGUAGUUGAGCAGUAUAUUCAUAGAGUUGGAAGGACUGCUCGAGCUGGUAGAGCAGGAGUAUCUGUGAGUUUGGCUGGUGAACAGGAAAGGAAAAUCGUGAAAGAAAUUAUAAAAAAGGCCAAAAACCCAGUGAAGAGCAGAGUUAUUCCGCCGGAUAUUGUAGAUAAAUAUCGACAAAAGUUGGAAAAAUUGGAGACUCAAAUUGAGCAGAUUUUAAAUGAGGAAGAAGAGGAGAGACUACUAAACAAAGCAGAAAAUCAGGCUAAUAAAGCACAAAAACUACUGAAAGGUGAAAAGGAACCAGUGAGGCCCUGGUUUCAAACAAAAAAGCAGAGAAAACAGGAACAAGAAAAAUUAAGCUUAAGCAAGAAACGAAAAUCACAUUUCGCAGAGCCUGUAAAUGGAAAAAAAAGGAAGGUGAAAGUGAAGAAAUAGAGUAGGCAACUUAAUUUAAAUGUAUUAAUUAAUGCUUAAUAAAUUUAUAUUGUUAA